GACACGAGCACAAGCAGGUGAAAUUUAGUAUCUUAUAUAGCGUGGUGUUGAAAAAAGGUUCUUAUUCCGAAUCAUCAAAGUGACAUAAUCAUCAAGAAAAAUGUCUUUGGUGCCAAUUUUAUUCCGCGACGUGUGGGACGAAGUUUGGGAUGCCCCGUUGCGUAGUUCACGCAUCGCGGAUCAGCAUUUCGCUACCGGAUUGAUGGCGGAUGAUUUGUUCAACGCAGUCACUGCUUGUCCUAGAAAGAACUACCGGAGGCACGGCUACUAUAGACCGUGGCGAACACUUCAGUCUCAGCAGGAUACGGGCUCGGUCGUGGAUUUGGACAGCAAUCAAUUCCAGAUCAAUCUUGACGUGCAGCAAUUCCAACCGGAUGAGCUAAGUGUGAAAACGGUGGACGAUACGGUUGUUGUGGAGGGGAAACACGAGGAAAAACAGGACGAGCAUGGAUACGUUUCGAGACACUUUGUGCGCAAAUAUGUGCUGCCAGCUGAUCAUGAUGCGAAAGAGGUCAGUUCGAGUCUUUCCUCGGAUGGGGUGUUAACUGUGCGGGCACCGAAAAAGACAGUGGCUAGCCCUAGCAACCAGCGGAUUGUUCCGAUAACGAUGAUGACGGAAGAACAAUCGCAGGACGAUCAGAAAAAGUGAAGCUAUGGCAAUGGUUGAAAACAUUCCAAUGCCAUGCGAGUACAGAAUUCCAUCGAUAAACGAUUAAAACUGUUUCAGCACAAGCGUAUAUGAUCUAAUGGACAAACAUUCCAAACAUAACAAUUGAUAAUUCUUCGCAGUUCCUUGAGCUUAGCUUAUUGUAUGUUAUAUCAUUGCUAGGAUUAAUCAUCAAGUCAAUUAACGAUUUAGGAAAACUGCUUCGGGAAAUAAAUUGAUUAUUCCGUAGAUGGUUUAAAUAUAUAACGGCGAGUUUACAUUAGGGAGAUGUAUAGCUAUAGAUGGAUUUAUUCACGUGUAAAUAGCUGUAAACGGAUGAGUAUAAAUAUGAUAUACUUAUUCGAGAUAUAUAUAACAAGAAGAAAUUCAGCAUGUAAACGCUGGUGAAUUUCGCACUGGUGAGGAAUCACUAAAGUUGACCGCAGUUCUAUUUCGGGUGAAUAAAUUCACCGAAAAGAGAGAAAGAGAGACGACUCAUCCUCUCUUUCUUGCACUCGUACUCAUAGGCAAUAUUAUAAUAGGCCCAUUAGUGCCCAGCGUAUGAAAUUUAAUACGCAAAAAUGCCCGUUUUUGAAAAACUGUUUUUGAUGAAACUAAAGUGUUAAGCGCAUUUUAAAUGAUACCACAUGACAAUUUGAGAGUGUUUUUUGUGUCAGUGUCAUUUUAUCUGUCAUUUUUGUUGUUUUGUUGUGUAUUGAAGCUUGCAAAGCUCGAGUUUCCCGCAAAAGUCGCAAAGUAAACAUUAUUUGAUUUGCAUCUGUCAUCGAUAGUUAGAUUAUUGCCAUGACCGAUAAGAGUGAGCAGACAGAAUUGAUGAGAAUCGAAAUUAAUUCACGGAUCCAAUAUUGCCUUUCACUGCUGUUUAUUCUAGUGGAAGAAAUGAUGCACAAUUCAGAAUAAAUAUACGUAUAUGUAAACGGGUUGUACAUUUAUCAUAACUUCAAAUUAUAUGAAGGAAUUCAUGAAUAUAUCUUCUUAUAUCUAAAUAUAUAAAAAUGGAUUUCUGUCUGUCUGUCUGAUUCUUAUGGACUCGGAAACUACUGAACCGAUCAACAUAAAAAUUGGUAUGUAGGGGUUUAUGGGACCGGGGAAGGUUUUCGAGAUUGUUUGAGACCCCUCCCUCCUCUCUAAGCGGGGAGGGGGCUGCCAUACAAGUUAAACACAAAUUUCUACAUUACUCCGGAAUUAAUCAAGCAAAUGAAACCAAAUUUGGCAUGCGGAGGUUCUAGGGUGCAAUAAAUGUUUCUAUGGUGGUUAGAUUCUCCACCCCCUCUCUAAGGAAUCUAUAUAAAUGAAACACAAAUUUCUUCAUUACUCGAGAAUUAAUCAAGCAAAUGAAACCAAAUUUGGCAUGUGGAGGUUUCAGGAUGCAAUAAAUGUUUUGUGGUUAGAUACUCCUCCCCCUUUUCUUAGGGGGGCUGCCAUACAAAUGAAACACAAAUCUCUGCAUAACUCGAAAACUAAUCAAGCAAAUGGAGCCGAAUUUGGCAUGUGUAGGUUUUACGAAGCACGAAACGUUUCUAUGGUGAAUACACUCCUCCCCCCUGUGUGGUACGAACUGAAGUAAUCGAGGCAGGGUGGCAUGCGCUGACUAUAGACGGCAACAAUACGUGUUGGCCGUGAACGUCAAUGUCCACUCCUCGAUGGCGACCCGCGUUAUUUAUUCUUUCGAGUCUUCAACCGUCAAGCAGGUAAGACGUGCAGAACCAAACCGAAUUUAGUGAUCCCUUUCCCCAACGAUAAAUUGAAGCCACACACCCCCCUCUCUAAGGGGGGCUUCCAUACAAACGAAACACAAACAUCUCCAUAACUCGAGAACUAAUCAAGCACAGUUUGGAAUGUGAGGGUUUUUGGGUAUGAGAAAUGUUUCUGUAAUGGUGUAACACCCAUAUCUCCUUUGGAAUGGAAAGGGGUCCCAUAAAAAUAUUACACAUAUUUCAACCAAACAUGACAAUUGAAAAUUGACGGAAAACUCUGAAGGAAAAAGGAAAAAUUUGGAAAAUUAAAUUCCCAUAUGUUCUACAAUUACAUAGUGACAAGUGCUGUUAGUCCAUUUGAUGUUUGCGCUGGCGAAAUUGAUCUUUGUUCGAAACUGGAAAUGGAUUUUAAUGUGAUGAAACGCACUCCUAUAUCUUCUUCUAUCUAUACCAAAGAAAAAGGAUAGCCGGAUAUGUUGAUAAGAGCAGAACUCGAGGAAGGAAUUGUCCGAUUUAGGGCUGUCUUUAUUCUAUCAUAUUUUCUGCAAAGCAUUUAUUCCAUAUAACGGAUAAACAUGUUACUUGCAAGUGGUUGAAAAAUCUUGAACGAGAAUUGUGUCUGAAAAUAAUCUGAUAUUAUAGUGAUGAGUUUUGUUAGGAAUACUAGAAAUUUUAUAGUAAAAUGUAAUUUCAACGGGGUCGAAUAGAAGAUCAACCAAUGAACAGUUCUGCGAUUGGACCCAUGAACUUGUUGAUAGUAAGAAAACGUGAAUAUUUGAAGGUAUUGGUAACAAAAAACAAACUUUGAGCGGGACGAAGUUUGCCGGGUCAGCUAGUUCAUUAUAUAAAUUCACGCUAGUGUAAACGGUUGAUGCGAUUUCUAUAAAUCUGAUCAUAUUUCUUCACAUGUAUAUACCACUAGUCUAAACCCACCAUAAGUUUUAUUAUCGCUGAAAAAAACACUGAAUUCAUGAAAUCAGUAUUUAGAUUCUGUAUUAAUGUAGAUACGAUUUGUGGUACGAUCAAACAUAUUGUACAAUUUGUGAUAUUGUCAUGUUAGGGAAAUCAUCCCGAUUCUGCAUUCAGCUGGAUUUGUAUUUCUUUAAAAACUAUUGUUUAGUUCGAGUUAUAAUUUUGUAUUCUCUAUACCGAACAUUUUGCGCAUUUCGAAUGAGUUAUUUUAGUCUAAUCGAAGGAAAUUCAAGCAGAAGUAGUAUUGUCAAAAUAAGCAAAACAAUCCUAAAUAAUAGAAAUUGAAGUUUAUUUUUAACCCUUUAACGGGCCGUGGAAACUAGCUAACGAAUCGACUCCAGCUUCAGAGAACAUAAUCCUUACAUGAGGAAUAACACAUAUCAACAUUAAAAAAAAUUUUAACUAUUGAAACAGUUGAAAAAAUUGGUGGCAAUAUAGCUGCCACUGCCCGGCUAGCGCAAAAUGUUGGUGGCAAUAUAGUUGCCACUGCCCGGCUAGCGUAAAAUGUUGGUGGCAAUAUAGUUGCCACUGCCCGGCUAGCGUAAAAUGUUGGUGGCAAUAUAGCUGCCACCUGCCCGUAAAAGGGCUAGUGUUAGAUGUUGGUGGCAAUAUAGUUGCCACCUGCCCGGUUAGCGUAAAAUGUUGGUGGCAAUAUAGCUGCCACCUGCCCGUAAAAGGGCUAGUGUUAGAUGUUGGUGGCAAUAUAGUUGCCACCUGCCCGGUUAGCGUAAAAUGUUGGUGGCAAUAUAGAUGCCACCUGCCCGUCUAGCGGAAAACACUUGAUGGUGAAAAUUAUCUUUUUGUAAUUGAAUUUUUGAUGUUAGAUUCAACAAAAACAACUAAUAAAACUCAUGAUCAGACUCAACAGGUCCUAAACAAUUCAUAUGCAUUGAAAACUUAAGCAAAAAGACUGUAUUUCAAUGACUUUACGGGAAAUUUGCUGUGGCUGCUAUAAAUCGAGAGUUGUUAACACAAAAAUGGCUCAAAAAUGAAUAGUUUUUGAUUUUUUCGUGCUUAAAAAAAUCAGGCAUGUUGCUAGACAUCAGAACAAGUUACUACAUAAGGUUUGAAGUGAUAAUUUAUUGUUAAAGAAGAGAAAAAAAUAAAAUCGUUGGUGGCAAUAUAGAUGCCGGCACCCGUUAAAGGGU